AUGUCAGCAUUGGGUAUUGAUAUAUUACAUAAAUUAGGAGUUUCUGUAUAUUACAAAAUGAUUGAUAACUAUAAGAAAAAACUUGUAAAAGACUAUCCUCAAAAUGACUAUUAUAAUAUUCAUGAAAAGAGGCGUUCUGAUUCAGUAUCACUAUCAACAGUCAAAUAUAUAGCAGCAUAUAUUAGCAAACCUAUAACAAUAUGUAUACCAAUUCCCUUUGUUUUUAAUAAUGUAGAUGUUCAUAAUCUACUUAAUAUUGAUACAAAAAUAUAUAGUUGGUAG